CAAACAAGUCACCCAAAAGUAAUACAUAGAGACGACACCUCAGAAAUGGCUUCCGCACUGUGUUGCAGAGCAAGAUCAGUUUCUUCGCCCAUUCUCUCCUCCGCCAGGAUACGACGUCGUUUGCCUUUGGUGGGUGCGUUUUGUGUGAUCAGCUUGGGCCUCUCCAAUCUCUGCCCUUCUCUCUCCUUCAAAACGGGCUGCGCUCAGUCUCUCCCCUUUGUCCCUCUCUUCAAAUCGAAAUUUAGUAGCCAAUCACAGGCUAAGAGCUCCGGUUCUAUCAGAAUGGCAAGUGAAAGCAACACUGUUCCCAGCAUCGUCGUUUACGUCACAGUCCCCAACAAAGAAGAAGGAAAAAAGUUGGCUGAAAGCUUAGUGAGAGAGAAGCUUGCAGCAUGUGUUAACCGUGUUCCAGGUAUUGAAUCGGUCUACCAGUGGCAAGGAGAGGUCCAGACAGAUGCUGAGGAGCUUCUUAUAAUUAAGACUAGAGAGUCCCUUUUGGAAGCUUUGAAAGAGCAUGUCAAGGCGAACCAUCCAUACGAUGUCCCGGAAGUCAUCGCCUUGCCAAUCACGGGGGGAAGCACUGCUUACCUAGAAUGGCUCAAAAACAGCACGAGGGACUGAACUUAUCAAGCUAAUAUAGUACAAGCGCAUAAAAUCGUACAAUGGCCCGUGGAUUUGGGAGUUUUCUGCCGAUAUCUUCUCUCUAACUAUCUGCUGUGUGUGUGGAUGUGUCUGUGCGUGUUGGAAACAUCUUAAAUAAAAGUUUGCAUUCCAACUUUGAUGCGAGAAAGAGUAAUUAUAA